AUGGGUGAAGCGCUGGUAUACCUGGUGACAGGAGGAUGUGGUUUCAUUGGGGAGCACAUUGUGGAGCUGCUGUGCAAGCAGGACUAUGUCAGUGAAGUCCGAGUCUUUGACUCAGUGGCAGGCGAGGAAGUGAAGAAGUUUGCCACAGCUACCACUUGUGUGACAGUGAUGAAAGGAGACAUCCGAGACUACGAUCUGCUCCUCUCUGCCGUGCGGGGAGUCCAUGUGGUUAUUCACACAGCUGCUAUUGUGGAUUACACAGAUACUGUACCCUUUCGGGAAAUGAAGGCUGUCAAUGUUGCUGGUACUGACAAUGUGCUGAAGGCCUGCUGCACCCUGAGCGUCCCAUAUGUUGUCUAUACAAGCUCCAUUGCUGCCGUGGGACCCAACACUCGACAAGAACCCAUGCUGAGAGGAACAGAAGACACCAAGUACAGUGGGGAAGUGGAACUGCCUUACGGGAAGACUAAGGCCAUGGCAGAAAAAUUGGUACUUGAAGCCAAUGGAAAAGAGCUAAGCAAUGGUGGCAAACUUGCAACAUGCAUCAUCUGUCCAAACACAGUUUACGGGGAGAAGUAUCUGGUUCUAAAGAACUUGCAUACCUCAGCCAAAGCCAAAGGGGGUGUGCUGAACUACCUGGAACCCGAAAACACAGAACGUAAUUACACGUACGUAGGGAAUGUUGCAUGGAUGCAUGUACUUGCAGCCCGGAACCUGCAGCUGAAACCAGACAUACUUGCUGGGCAGGUGUAUUACUCCUACGAUGACACCCCAACAAGGAAAGGCUUCCUAGUUCUAGCAAAUAUUAUCCAGCAGUGGUUUUUAAAGCUUUGGAAAUGCUUUAAAAAGAUCAUCCUCGUCGAUGUGACGAUCCCGUUCGAGAACAGGACCCUGGCCUUCCGCGAAGCCCGAGCCCGCAAACUUGAGAAAUACGCUCCCUUGGCAGACACCCUGCGGACAAAGGGCUAUGAGGUCUACACCGACGCUCUGAUCGUUGGGGCCCUGGGUGCCUGGGACCCCUGUAAUGAACGUGUGCGCAGUACCCCAGGGGGCUCUCUGGUUGUGAUGCAAGCCAAGACUGUGGAAAUCUCACUAAAAACAGCUGAUUCUGCAAGGUUGCCACCAAUUCAACGGGGAAACAAUCAUACCAGAGCUAAUAAGAUUUCUGCCAGUCUGGGCUGCGGUCUUGCAAGAUCGGUUCACGAGAUGUUGGUGCCUUUGAACCAGAGUCUUAUGGCCCAGCCUCAAACCCAGACACAUAACCCUAAAUAA